AAGUAGUUUUACCUCCAAAGAUGGCUUCAAACACACACAUUCCUUUUUCUGGUUACCUUGGCUUCGAAACUUCACCAAAACCAAUAAAACGCGAACAUAAACGCCCACAACGCAAAACUUCAUUUUAUUUCGUUAACUUGAACGACUCUGUAUCACACUAUGAUGACAUUGAACCCAUAAACGAAACGACUGAAACUACUUUGAAAAUCUCUCCUAUAGAAGAUAGAAUUAUUGAAUCACCUUGUAUUUUGCAAGCAAAUCGUACUAUUCAAUUAUUAAGAGAGGCACGUCAUAAAAUUGCCGCUCUUC